CCCGCGGCUGCUCCCCCUGGCGACGACCAGGGGAAAGUGGCGUUGCCGCGCGCUGAUGCAAUCGGAACCCCCAAGCAGCAGCAGCAGGAGCAGGGAGAAUAUCAGUUCCUUCUCACAGCUGCAACGUGUCCCAGCAGGGAGGCGUUGCAGAGGGAGAGACAGAUAGUCCGUAGGCGCUUCAUCCUGCUCGCUGGCCGAAGGGAGCGGGGCCGCGGAGAAAGCUCUUCCUGCCUCAUCUGGCAAUUACUGCUCUUGUACUAGCACGAUGAAGGGCUGUCAGAAUGAGUGCCCAGCUGGAGGAUGUACAGGGGGAGCCACAAAGCAAGCGAGUGAAUCUUUCAAGGCUGCAGACUUAAUUAUUAACCCAGCUACCACUUUCAAGGAAAAACCAGACCCCAGUGGUUUGGUGUUCGGAACUGUUUUCACAGACAACAUGCUGACAGUCGAAUGGUCUUUGACUUCAGGAUGGGAGAAACCUUAUAUUAGGCCUCUUGAGAACCUUUCAUUACAUCCAGCCUCAUCAUCUCUCCACUAUGCUGUGGAACCAAGAGGAGAGACAGAGGAGAAUCUGGUCCCAAUGGUGUGGCUCAAUGAAUACACACUGUUUGAAGGAAUGAAGGCUUAUCGAGGAGUGGAUGGUAAAAUCCGCCUGUUCCGUCCAACGCUCAACAUGGACAGGAUGGUGCGGUCAGCGGCACGAGCAACACUGCCAUGUUUUGACAAGGAGGAGCUAUUAGAGUGCAUCCGGAAGCUUGUGGAAGUGGAAAAAGAGUGGGUCCCGCACUCUACGUCUGCAAGCCUGUAUAUCCGCCCUACUUUAAUUGGAACAGAGCCUUCUCUUGGAGUCAAGAAGCCAACUAAAGCCCUGCUGUAUGUUAUACUGAGUCCUGUGGGCCCAUACUUUGCAAGCGGAAGCUUUAAUCCAAUAUCCUUAUGGGCAGAUCCCAAAUAUGUAAGAGCCUGGAAAGGAGGAACGGGGGACUGCAAAUUGGGAGGGAAUUAUGGUUCUUCCAUCUAUGCCCAGCGUGAAGCUAUGGAAUUAGGGUGUCAGCAGGUUCUGUGGCUGUAUGGAGAGGAUCAUCAAAUCACUGAAGUCGGAACAAUGAAUCUUUUCCUGUACUGGGAAAAUGAAGAUGGAGAAGAGGAACUGGCAACCCCACCGUUAGAUGGCAUCAUUCUUCCUGGAGUGACGAGGCAGAGCAUCUUGGAGCUGGCACGCAAGUGGGGAGAAUUUAAAGUGUCUGAGCGGUACAUCACCAUGAGUGAUCUGACAGCUGCCUUGGAGGAAAACAGAGUGAAGGAGAUGUUUGGUGCUGGCACAGCUUGUGUCGUAUGCCCUAUUUCUAAAAUAUUAUACAAAGGCAAGAAUUUGCACAUUCCAACUAUGGAGAAUGGACCUCAGUUAGCAACCCGCUUCCUGAAUCAGCUGACUGAUAUCCAAUACGGAAGAGAAGACAGCGAAUGGACACUCCUGGUGUCAUGAAUGCAGAGUGGCGGGGAUCAGACCUUCCAUACACUACCCGACAGGCCAAACCGUUACACCAGAAUAAUCACCGAUUUUCUGUAGCUGCCCAUUUAGAGCUGUGCGUAGGGUAGUCAGUGUUCUCCCUUUCCUCCCCAGGGUGAUUUGUUUCCACAUGCCAGGGAAUGUGAACACAAUCAUUAUGAUUUCUACCAUAGUCUUGCUAAUAGAAGCCUAUCUUCUUGUUAGAGAUGCUAGAUGUAAGCAAUAGAACUGUCCCAACUGUUUUCUUGGUGCCUCCUUGUGUCUUAUGUACAGUCCAAAAACUUGUCAAAUACCCUUCAACUGGUCUUCAGUGUAAGCCACGAUGUUUUUUCAACUGCCACCACUACCGGAGAAGACUGCCAUAUAAAAAAAGUUGCCCAUUACUUAGGGGAACAGUUACUAUCCCUUAGUCCUAUUUCAUUUGCAUCCUCAGGCAAUGGAUUAUGUUUUUCUCUGUUACUCCACUUAUGUGGGAGGUUCCUCUCUGCAUUCCCAGAGCCCUGAGGAGCCCCUGUUUUUUAUUCUGCCAACAUCAUACCUCACCUUUUAGGCCCUAUGUCAUAGCAACCACGCCUUUAGAAUGAGGAUGACUUGGUGGGAAAUCCCUUCAGAGCCCAACAACACCACUUCUAAAUCAGCUUAUAAGAACUUACAAGAUACAAAGUGAUCUUUCCCCACCCAAGGCUUUACAGUGCUCCCAGCCCUGGCUGGCCCACUUGUUUCUUAAUAUGAUCUUUCUAUUUUCUGAAGAGGCCGUGGCUUUCCAGUAUGGGUUCUCCUAUAUCUUCCGCUGCUUGCCAGUGGAAAAGUGCUCAAUGCAGGAGAACAGAGGAAUUUUGUUCACCCCUUGUCAUUCUGCACUACCAUGUUCCCUUACCUCUUCAUACACCACUAGACUCAUGAUACACUCUCUUGUUGCCAUUUGGAAGCAGAUACAGAGCUGUUAGCUCACAAUUAGGAAAUAAAUAACUUCUGCAAAUUUUCUUUAACCCUUAAAUAUGCUACCAUCCAUAUAAGCUUUCUCAUCUAUGCACACACUUUUCUCAACUAGUUUUAAGAUGUCUCUUGCCAAAAAGGAACUAUAGUAUUCGGUAGUAAUACUCCAAAAUGCUAGGGGCCUGAUUCUUCUGUUAUUCUGACAUAGAACUUAUAUAACUUCAUAGCUGUCAGUGGCGUUAUACCUGCAUAAAAUCAGUUUAACAGAAUGGAGCCUCAGACCCUACAUUUUACACUAGCCAUACAGCAGUAUUUUGGGAACUAACUUGUAUUUUUUUAAUAAGGGGGGGAAGAGUUUCUCUCCCACACUUUCUAACUGACCCCACCUGUAACUGGCAGUUGCUAACACAAUGUAAAAUAUGUUAAGCAUCAUUUCUAAUGGGCAGCCCCUUGUCUUAAGCCACCACUUAAAAUUAUCCACAGGGCUUUCUUGUACAGUAUUUGGUCAAACAUUAACCCUCAGUCUCUACUAGGCCACCAUUUUCUGCUGGUCCCGUGAGUGAUGGGUUAGACAGAUCUUGCUGCAGUCUGUUCUGAUACCUUAUUGAAGAACAGUUGAAGGUUACCAGUGACAAUUAUUCAGAGUGAGUUGUUGGACAGUGUUCUAUUUAGAAUAUACCUACAAGCACAAAAUGCUGUUUCAUUUAUGGUAGCAGUAGUACUGUGUAUCUCUUCUACUCACAACUUAAAUCUGUACUGUGCUCUGGUCUCUGUUCAGUUUCUUGUGAUAUAUCAUAGGCUAGUGGUAGUUUAUUUAUUUUUAUUCAUCUACUGGAAAAAUUAACAUGGGGGAUACAUCGAGAUACAAUGUGAGGUAGAGGCGUUUUUCCAACAAGGCAAGUACCACAACUGAAGAGUGCCUUUGACUAGAGUGUGUCAUAGAGCUCAUACCAGAUUACGUCAUGAAUGAGACUAAAUGGCUUCCUAUUACUGAACUGUAACCUGUUCCCUCACGUUUAGCUUAGAUAAUUGUCUUUGACAGCAAAAGUCUAGGUGGUUCGGUUUGACUGAGAUGCCUGGGGAAUUGGAUGUGCAACUCCCAUACUUGAGAAAUCAGUAGUAUUAACAGAAGUUGCACAUCGAAUUCCCCAUGGACAGUACUGACAGUAAUCUACUCACAAGUCAGAAUGAAAAAAUGAAGACCAGUUAUAAUAAUUGAUUUAGAGUGGUUGACGCUUUAAGUGGUUGACGCCUUAAAGUCUUAAAUCAGACUACAAUAAUUUUAAGUGGGGCUCGACAUUGGCCUGUAAUUGUUGUAGUCUACACUGACUUUUGGGGAGACCUGAGUUAGACCUCCUGUCUUAUCUCUUCACCUCUUGUACUGCUGGAGACCUCAAAAGAGCAAGGGCUAACAGAGGAUAAAAUUGGAAGAUCCACAAAAAUAUGAGCUAUUUCUUAGAGAAAAAGUGAAACCAUGUAGAGCACUCCCAGUCAGCUAGUGUCAUCUCUGUGAAUACUUUUGCUCCCUCUUGGUAAAUUCAAACAGCCUUGAUUAUUUUCAUUCAGGCUCUGGGUGAAUAGAUUCCAGUUUUUAAACAUUAUAUACUAAAUAAACCAGCAGAGUAUUUUGAUCUUUCAUGACAAUCCUGUGUGGAAAUACAUAGCCUGCAUUCUGCAUCUGUAUUAUUUUAUUCUUUUAUCAUAAAAUUCCAAGAAAUAACAUUUGUAAAUAACAAUGAGCACUUGAUCAAUACUGUGUUCUCCUUAUUUUAGCCCAUAAAGUUUAGGGAGGAACCAUGCUAUUCCCUGAGCUGAUAGACUGUAAAAGAACAUCUGCGCAUCUCUUUUCUAUGUGCGCUGUUUGUUUAAUUGUAGCAGAUUAACAUAGAAAGGGUAUGGUACAUCAUAACUAGGCAAUUAUCCAUUCUUCAUCACUUAGUUAUGGUUACACUAAUUGAUCAUUUAAGAAAUAAGAUAGUCUAACAUUAGGAACAUUUGAGGCUGUUCAGAAAAGAUCAACAAAUUAAUAAUUGUGUGAUAUUUGCAUAAUUGGCUGCAAUUAUUUAAUGUUUAAUUGGCUGAUCAAAUGCGAUUCAGCCUCUCACAUGUGUAUGCUUUACAAACAGUGGUACUUUAAAAUGAUAAUGAUGAACUAUAAUUUUUGCAAGUUCUUUCUUUCCCCCACUUCAUUCUUUGAUUAUUUUCAGCCUUGAGCAUGUUCCUAAUUUUCAGUUUAGUUUCAGCUAUUUAUCUGUCAGAAAGAAGUCCUUAAAAUGAGAUCCCAUUUCAGAGGUCCACAAAAACUAGUGUUUCAUACAAACCUUGAUGAUGCAGGAGUUGUGGAAUUAGCAGCUGUCACUGCAUUGCCAGAUUCAUAAUAGCAGUUCAGAGCAAAUUCACCCAGGGGUAACAAUGAUUUAUUCUGGUGAGAACUCUGGCAAAGGAUCCUCAGAGUAGAAAGUCCAUCCAGAGGAGGUUGUGGCAGCACAAAGCAAAUGUAAUUUCCUUGACAGGGGAGUUAGGAGGGCAGCAAGGACCAAAAAAUGGGAGAUGCUGGCCAGGGAAUAUGGCCACUGGAUGAUCUCAAUGACUCAAUAUAGUCUUCAACAGUGUCCAUGAGAAGGAUUCCCAGAAAACUCCAGCCAUAGCUAAGUCUGCCCACGUCCCCUAGCAGACUCAUCCCAGUCUGCAAAGUGCCUCUUCCAAAAUAUUUUUAUUAAAGCUUUUAAAUCUGUAUUUCCUUUCACAUGGUCAGCCUCUAGACAAGACUGCGCAGGGCAUUCCAUUAAUUCAAAUUCUAUUAAACAUAAUGAACAAAACCAGCUUUAGUUUAAACAGUAAGUCUGGAGUCUCAUGGCCUUCAUGAAAUGCAAAAUAUACUGCCGAAUUCUUAUUUCUUUCCAUGUAUCUAACCAAAUUAUCACUGAAAGCCAAGUAGGCUAUUCAUACCUGGAGCAUAACACAAAAGCCUAGCCAAAAACUUUUUACCCUGAGUUCUUUGAUCCCAUUUGCAAAAUGGGGCACAUGCUAGAGAGGAGGGGAGUUUGAGCAAAGGCUGAGGAGCCACGUACUUCAGAGUUUCAGUUCUGGCUCUCACAUUGACUCUGUGAUCAUGGGCAAGUCAUCUAGCCUCUCUUUGACUCCACUUGCCCACCUGCAAAAUGGAAACAGUGCAACCUAACUCGCAGGUGUUGCGAGGAAUAAAUACCCAGUGAUCUCAUAUUUUUGGCCUGGGGGACACGGGAGAAAUCUUAAAAAGUCUGCCCUGUUAUGAGCACAGAAGCAUAAGCCAACCACUAGCUGCUGGGACCUAGGUAGACAUUUCCCCAUAUGGGAAGGUUAUCCCAUAACUGUCUACCACAGGGUUCCUUGCACCUUUCUCUGAAGCAUCUUGUACUGGUCACAGUCAGAGACAGGAUACUGGAGUAGAGGGAGCACUGAUCUGAUGAUCUAGUAUGGCAAUUCCUAUGCCUGUCCAUCCAGGAAGUGGACACAGUCUGUCCUUUCACUCCCCUGAAUGCAAGGAUUAAACCAGGCUAGUGCUGCCAGCAAUAGCCUCCCUUAAAGACCCUGGCCAACAAAGUGGGUCCUCCUUGGAGCAAGGAGAAGGAGGAUGAAUGAUCCUCAUCCAGGAGUCUUUCUGGGGAGGUAUGUAUUGUCACCAUCCUCUAACCAUCAGCUCUCCUGUAAUCCAAAAAUGGAACUGUGUGUUUGCAAAGCACUUUGAGGUCAACAAGCAUUGUGGGUAAAUGCAAAAUAUUCUUAUAAUUAUUACGACGUCUUAUGUGGCUCGUAGGAUUCAAUCUAGCCUUUAACAAAACAGAAUUUAUUUUGCUACAGGUAAAAUCUCUUCUAUGAAUCUAAUUCACUUCAAGAAAUCUGUUUAAGCAGCACAGAUAGAUGCCAGAUGCAGAGCCAGCAUUUGAAGCAUCCCUUCCUGAUUAGUUGCAACAUCUUGAUUAUACAGAGGAACAAUGUUAUAUGUAGACACACACUUUUUGUAUGAUGUGUCUUAUUUUUAAGGUUUCCUGCAGUAGGACUAUAAUCCUGCAAAAUGCAUAGCUCAGUUCCAAGUUUAAAAUUGCAUCUGACACACAGUACAGAUUUGACAAGAGCACUAUUCACUGAUCAGAGAUAAAUUUAAUUUUUACGUUUAUAAAAAUAAAAUCAAGGGCGUAGGAGCAACUUUAUCCAUCAUGCUUCUAAACCCCUGUAUACUAGAAGUCCACCCUAUCCCGUUUUAGAGCUGUGCCUUAUAACAUAACAUGCAAAUCACCCUGUGGGAUCCAUCCUACUCUGGUGCUGAGUGCUCUUGACUUCAGCAAGUAGCAGUUGAGAAUUAUUAGAGUGCUGUGUUUUAUCCAGUUCUACAGAAAUACAUUUUGUCAUGAAGGUCAAGAUUGUGCAAAGAAUAACUGAUAUUUGCUAAAAUACCUCUUCCUAAUGGUAAGAUAAUGUUCCUUCUUGCUUAAUUUAGGUAGCUAGAUUGUUAUUCAUAAUGGAGGAGGAAGAUACUGACAUUGAAUUGGUAAAGAAACAGUAGUAUUAGAAUCAUCUUACCAGUAGUAUUAGAAUCAUCUUCCUUUGUUAAACAUGGUGGUUAUUAGGCUAGGUUCCAAUAUAUUUUCCCUGACCAGGAUGGAAAAAUCUGACAACAGUAUUAGCCAAACCAUGCUAUAGGUGUCCCCAAUUCCAUUUGAUUCUCCAUUGCCCUUGUGCAGUCAUUUACACCAGUGCAAAGUAGGUGUAAAAAUACUACCAAAUCAGACUGGUCAUGCUCUUGGUCUGUGGCACAAUUGCAAAGGUCGUUUCUCAGACACACACAAAAAAAACCUGUCCCCAUGGGCUAGAGAACCAUGCCAGUACCCUACUAGGAUCAGUCACGUUGGAAACACUCUGCUCUUGCCAGUGUGGAUAGACCCAUGUGACUCUCCUUUAAUCUGAAGGAAGACCUGUGUUGAAAUACACAAAAUAAAUCCCCCCACCAAAAAAAAAAAAAAAAAAAAAAAAAAAAGGA